CUUCCUAUUACCCCAAAUCAACAUUUAUGUCUGUUACAGAAAUGACAACACGACUGGCAUUUAAAAGUCACUCCACUACAAAUUCAGGCUUAUUCUAAUGACUUAAGUGGAGCCAUUCUUGUCCAAAUGAGCUUUGGUUUUGUUGCCGUCACUUGCCUGAAACGCAACAUCUGUUUCUUUUCACGCUGGGCCACAGUUUCCCCUCACAGCGCUGGACUGCUUCCUAACGCUCAAAGUGUAGCCUGGUAAUUUGGGCUGAGGUGGUAAAAGCCGAGGAAAUAGACGACGAAAUAAAACGCACGUCUCGUAGUAGGGCUAAUUUUACAACCCCUCGCGACGUGAAAGUGUGUUUUUGAAUCGAAAGCGCAUAAGCACUUUUAGGCAAACCACUCAGAACUGGGGAAGUGCGUUCUGUCCAGUUAAGAAGUAUACCUGCUAACUUGUGGGCUGCGUGGAUCUCACUCAACUCAGCCUAAAUGACCACAAACGGUUAACGGAUGGAUUAUAAGAUGGAUGGAUAUUUGGACCAGCAAGUGCCUUACACUUUAGCAAAUAAGUCACAAGGAAAUGGGCCCCUAAAUAGACUGUUGAUGGCAGCGAAAAGGAAAUACAUGGACACGGAAUUACCCCCUCAGGAAUCUGAAGACCUCUUCCAGGAUUUAAGCCAACUCCAAGAGACAUGGCUCACAGAAGCUCAGGUUCCUGACAGCGAUGAGCAGUUUGUCCCUGAUUUCCAUUCUGAGAACUCGGUGGCAUUUCAUAGCCCGCCGGUCACUAUCAAGAAGGAACCCCAGAGCCCGGGCUCCGACCCCAGCCAGUCCUGUAGCCACAAGCAGAACUUCAGCUACCCCAGUGGAGAGCAGUGCCUUUAUGCCAGUGCCUAUGAGCAGAAAAGGGCUGCAGGAGGAGCCAAGAGCUCCUGCCCAGGGACUCCCAUGUCUCCCAUGCAGCAGCAUUACUCCCCCAAACCUGCCGUGGCCGGACGGCCUGACGCUGGCUACAUGAACCCCGCUGCCACUUCCCAGCCACUUCCCAGCCACACCUACCCCAUCAACCCCAGUUCCAGGUAUCAGGGCCCUUCAGCCGACCCCAUGUGCCCCCAGUUCCCCCCACCAGGGCAGCCCUUCCAGCGCAUGCCGUCCGCUCCGGCUGGGCACGGUGGGGGCGGUGGAGCUGGGGGAGGAGGGGGUGGAGGGCCCGGAGGCGGAGGUGGUGGUGGGUACCACCGGCAGCACUCUGACCCCUGCAUGCCCUACAUGCAGCAGAGCUUUAAGCAGGAAUACCUGGACCCUCUGUAUGAGCGGGCGGCUCAAAUGGCAGGACCGGGGCCCGGGCAUGGGCCAGGACACGGGCAUGGACCCCACCCCCACCCCCAUCCACAUCCACAUCCACACCCCCACCCACACAGGUUCCCACCAGCCCACAUGAUGGUCAAGCAGGAGCCCACAGACUACACCUAUGAUCCUGAUGUGCCUGGAUGUCCCUCUAUGUACCACCACAACGAGGGCUACCCAAACCCCCAGCACAGCAACGAAGGCUAUCUGUUUGAAAAUGACUCCCGUGUGGUUCCAGAGAAGUUCGAAGGUGAGGUGAAGCAGGAGGGAGGCGGUGUGUUUCGUGAGGGCACGCCUUACCAGCGCCGAGGCUCUCUGCAGCUCUGGCAGUUCCUGGUGGCCCUGCUGGACGACCCAGGCAAUGCCCACUUCAUCGCCUGGACCGGCCGUGGCAUGGAGUUCAAACUCAUUGAACCCGAAGAGGUUGCCAGGCUGUGGGGCAUGCAGAAGAACCGUCCAGCCAUGAACUAUGACAAGCUCAGUCGCUCUCUGCGCUAUUAUUAUGAGAAGGGAAUCAUGCAGAAGGUGGCAGGGGAGCGCUAUGUUUACAAGUUUGUGUGUGAGCCCGAGGCCCUCAUCUCCUUGGCCUUCCCCGACAAUCAGCGGCCCAGCCUGAAGGCUGAGUUUGAGCGCUACGUCAACGAGGAGGACACGGUGCCCCUGUCCCACCUGGAUGAGGCAGUGUCCUACCCCCCGGAACAAGCCCCCCAAAACAUGGGCCCCCAGCCCUACUCCAAAGGCUACAUGUACUAA